UGCACAAGAAAGCCUACCAAGCUUGGCUGUACAUGGGAGACGGUGACUUCAGCGCACCAGGCCUGGCAAUUAGUAACAUCCGAGUGGAUUGUAAAUCGUGAACUUGGCUUGUUAAUCAUAUUCAAAUAUCAUGACAAUACGAUCUCAGGGGCUUGCGUGAGAGAGAAGUAGAUCGCAAGGCAAGGCCACAUCAUUCAAGACGGAUGCAUAUAAGGCACAAUGACUGUCACCCUCUUUGAAUUGGUUCAUAAUGUGAUCAAACACACAAUUAUCAGCACAGUCAUCUAAAUCUAUCCUCUACUUUGAACCAUGUCAGAGUUGAAAGAAAUCCUCGUCAUCGGCGGCACUGGUGCCCAGGGAAGACCAGUCGUCAAGGCUCUCGCUGAAACCAAGCAAUACAGCGUCAGGGUCCUCACCCGUAACGUUGACAACGCCCGCGCAAAAGAACUUGCCACGCUCCCCAACGUCACCCUCAUCCAGGGCAAACAAGACAACCAGCAGGAUCUCCACCGGGCAUUCAAGGGUGUCUACGGUGCAUGGGUGAACACGGACGGAUUCACUCUGGGCCAGAAGAAUGAGCUCUUCUAUGGCAUCCGAGCUUACGAGAUUGCCAGGCACGAAGGUGUUCAGCAUUACGUCUGGGCUGGCACCGAUUAUGCGCUGAAGAAGUCGGGAUGGAACGAGAGGUACCAUUGGGGUCACAACGACUCCAAAGGAAGAGUCACGGAUUUCAUCUUGGCCCAAGGCCAGGACGGCAUGAAGAGCUCCGUCCUCACGACAGGUCCCUACAUGGACAUGCUCCUGGAUGGAAUGUUUCCGCCGACAGAGCAACCGGAUGGUUCUUUUCUCUGGGUAAACCCUGCCAAGGAUGGCAAAAUCCCGCUUAUUGCUCUCGAAGACGUCGGCAUCUACAGUCUCUGGCUCUUCGACAACCUCAACGAGUCCGCGGGCCUGAACCUGGAAGUGGCGACCGACGAAGUCAGCUUCGCCGACAUUGCGAGGAUCUUCACUGAGGUGACAGGAAAGAAGGGCAUCCACAAGAGCGUGCCGUUUGAGGAGUACGCGCCGCUUGCGGAGCCGUACCCGGGUGCCUACGUUAACUUUUCCGUCGGGCCGGAGGUUGCUCGCGAUGAAUCGGAUAUGACUUGGAGACAGAACUUCGGGGCAUGGUGGCGUUUCUGGGGAGAGGGCAUCGUCAAUAAGAGGGACUUGGAGUUGUUGGAUCGAAUUCAUCCUGGCCGCAUUCGUAGCCUGGCGGAGUGGAUGCGGAAGACUGGGUAUGAUGGGAGCUCUAGGCCCGUUCUCAAGGGGGUCGAGGAUUGGAGGAGCAAGCUGCAAGCAGGGAUCUAAGUUGGGUUGAUAAUAGAAGUGGGCGGUGUUUAAGCUGAAGUGGUAUUCGAGGCCAUGGUACAGCUUU